AUGUCGGGCGUACCGACACGACAAGCCCAGCUUCAGCCAAACUCCCAUGGCGACUCGUCGGACCCGACCGAGAUGGAGCUCCCCGAGACGCCGUCGGACCCUGCGUCGCGUCAGACGGAACAGCUGACUGUUUUCGUCGCCGCGGACGAGCACCGCUGCAAUGGCGGGCGUUUGCAUUUCGUGGCCCUGCCGCCCCGUGAAGGCAAACGCUAUGCCUCGCCGCCUUCCCUUCCCCCCGGUCCCGCCUCCGCCUCAACGCCCGAUGCCUGA